AUGGUGAAUCCGAAAGGUAUCAGACGCGGUACGCGUUAUAUGUUUGCACGGCCAUUCCGAAAGCACGGUAUCGAGCCGCUCUCCACAUUUUACCGCACUUAUCGCCGUGGCGACAUCGUCGAUAUCAAGGGUAACGGGGCCUUCCAGAAAGGCAUGCCGUUCAAAGCCUAUCAUGGACGUACGGGGCGUGUGUUCAACGUGACCAAACAUGCUGUUGGCGUACUGGUGAACAAACGUGUCAGGUACUGUUUCAGUUCCGGUUCUUAUUAUUUUUUGCCUUUUGCUCUGUUACAGUCUUUUUUAUAGGC